CUCAACUCGACACAACCUUCCCCGCAAGUACGGAAACUAGUGCCCAGAGGUCCCGCAAUUGGGCUGAUGGGUUCUGAGUUUCGAAACCUGGGCGAAUAAUGUGAAUUUGCCUGAAAUUCCAAAAAGGCUGUGAGCCUUGGCAUUUCUCGGGAUUUUUUUGGCGCAAAUUGAUCGGAAAUCUGUUGGACAGUCGUACGAGCUGUCAUUCGACCACCGAGAAACUUGUGGAAGCCAUAAAAUAAAUAGCCAAUCACAACAUUAUAUGGCUAAAUGGUACUCUUGUAAGGCCAAACCAUAUUAUUGGGUUUACGGAGCGAAUGCAACUACUCAGUUGUGCAGGACUGAGGUCUCGAAGGAAUCGAUUGGCUAGGGUUUAUCCCACGGGAGCUUCGUAUUGAAUCGCUUCUAAUAACGCACCUGUAGGCACUUGUUAACUUGCAUUGCCUGCCUUAAAGCUGUGCACCUAAUAACAGUACGACUCACUCAGUGAAAUUUAAUAAAAACAAAAACUAGACACAAGCAAACAUGGGCUCAUCAAUGAACGUUCUCGACGACGAGUUGAACAUUGUUGUGAUUGGAGCAGGACUUGGUGGACUAGCUGUAGCUUUGGCGUUAAGGACUGCAACAUCAAGACAUGUCAUCACUGUUCUGGAGUCUGCUCCGGCAUUGGCUGAGAUCGGUGCCGGAUUACAAAUAACUCCGAAUGCUGCAAAGUUACUUAUACGAUGGGGUUUGGGAGACCAAUUACAGAAAGUCACCACCGUUCCCGAGCAAUUUACGAUUUACAGAUAUAGCAAUGGCGAAGUCUUAGGCAAACGCGACAACUACGGCGCGGAGAUGCUAGCAAAGUACGGGGCGCCAUUCUGGGACGUCCACAGAGCCGAUCUUCAGAUUGCAAUGUAUGAGCGAGCAAAGAAUCUAGGAAUCAAAUUUCGUUUUUCAGCCCAAGUUGAGAGUUACGAUUUGGCGACUCCAAAGGCAAUUCUUCAGGGCGGAGAGGAAGUCCAUGCUGAUUUGAUAAUUGCUGCAGACGGCUUAUGGUCGCGAUGUCGUUCCAGUAUGCUUGGCUAUAUCGCUUCGCCCACCCCAACCGGCGACCUUGCGUAUAGAAUAGUGCUCAAUUUUGAUCAAGUCAAAGAUCCUGAGGUGCUCCGGUUUCUGUCCAAGCCGCAGGUCCACUUGUGGGCAGGCCCCGAUUGCCAUGCGAUCUACUACCCCCUACGAAACAAUACCAUGUGUAACAUCGUCCUGUUAGUGCCGGACAAUUUACCAGAAAACGUAGCUAGAGCACCGGGGAGCAUAGAUGAGAUGAAGGAAAUUUUUCGCAACUGGGAUCCAAUAUUACAGAAGCUGCUGAGUCUAGUAACGGACGUGGAUAAGUGGAAAUUGAUGCAUCGCGAAGAAAUGGACGCAUGGUCGAAUGAGCAUGCGACCGUCGCCUUCCUAGGUGAUUCAUGCCACCCAAUGCUCCCAUAUAUGGCCCAGGGAGCCAAUUCUUCUAUCGAGGACGGCGCUGCGCUAGGUGUGUUGUUAUCGAAGCUUUCCAAAAAGGAAGACCUAGCUUCUAUUCUACAAGUCUAUCAAGAUCUCCGCAAGCCAAGGAGUACAGCAAUUGCGAAAUCUAGCGAAAAGCAGAGAUACUACAAUCAUCUCCCUGACGGGGCGGAGCAGAAAGUGCGAGAUGCGUUGAUGAAAUCGCAGAUUCAGGAACCGCAACCUGGAUAUCCAUUCUAUUGGAUCGAUCCUCAAAUGCAGUCGUGGGUUUACGGGUAUGACGCAGAUUUAGAGGCACACACUGCAUGGGAUAAAUUUCUGAAAGACUCCAAACAGAAGACACUGCCAGGGGCACAAUUGUAGUGCAAAAACACGACGAAAGGGCUUGGAAUAUAUGGAGAGGAG